AACAAAAACAUUUUAGAACCUCUAUUUUGCAUUUUUCAAUACAGCAUCACUACUGUAUUAUAGUAGUAUAACACUACUGUAUUAUACUCCAUUACCAGAACUAACAUCUACCUUCGGCUAUGAUGGAGACAAUUGUCCGUUUAAGAAACGAGUCAAUUGAACAAGAACUGGUUGAAGCCGCUGCUCAACAUGGUCCCAACCAGGACCAGAGAACCCAGCAGGCUCCAAGCAAAGAGACGCUGAACCUCAGAAGAGCCCUGCUGGACUCCGACAAACAGAUCACCAAGCUGGCCUCAGACAAUGCUGCCCUGAAGGAGCAGAUGGCCAGCAAGGAGUCCAGCUGGGAGGAGGAGAAGAUGAGGAUCCUGAAGGCUCUCAGGUCAGAGAGAGUCAACAGGAAACAGGCUCAGACUGACCUUAAGAACAAGGAGAAGGAGAAACAGGAGGAGACCGACUAUCACAAUCAAGAUCUGCUUCACAAGCAGAACGAGAUCCUCUUGGUCAAACAGCUCUGGACUGAAGAGCUAGCUAACAUCUCUGUGGCAUGGACGGCGGAGAAAAGAAAGAUCACAGAGACCUGGGAGAAAGAGCUCAAAUCUGUGGUUGAUCAGAAGAAUUUGAUGGUUAAAUUUCUGCAGGAGGAGUCGGACAGGAAGGUGAGCCAGGUCGUCCUGGAAAAGGAUGAUCUGAUCACCCAAAUGACGACGGCUAAGAUGGCUCUGGAAGUCCAGAAUCUGGAGAGCGAGGCCCAGCUGAAGGAGAAGGAGAUGCAGCUCAUCCAGAGCGAGGCAGAGUGGAAAAGAAAACUCGCCACUCUGGAAGAUCAGCUGAGGAGCGAACUGGCUUCGAAGGAGGAGAACAUCAAAGAGCUGCAGACAAACAGCAGAGAGAUGGAGCAGCAGAGGAUGAACCAACUGAGCCACAUGGAAGAAAAGAUCCGGCUCCAGGCCGACACCACCGCCGACCUCCAGGCACAACUCCUCAUGUUCCAGGAGCUCCUCCUCCAGAAACCUGACCUAGAGGAGAUGAAGGCCAAGAAGAAGGAAUUAAAGAGGCUGAUUAAGGAGACGGAGAAGGAGGAGAAGAGACAGAAGAAAGAGAAUGAGGAAAGAGAGAAGAAGGAGAACGAGAAAAGAGAGAAGGAGGAAUUGAAAAGACUGAAGAAAGAAAAGGAGGCUAGGGAGAAAAAAGAGGAGGAUUUGAAAAGGGAGAAGAAGGAGAAGGAGAGGAAGGAGAAAGAGAGGAGAGAGGAGGAGAGAGAGAAGUAGCAUCCUUUCUCUCCUCACUCUUCCCCCCAUUUCCACUAUCCCCAUCUCCCUUCUGACCAUCCCACCCCUUCACCCCCUACACCCUACCUGCUCUAUAUCUCUCCUCCCCACAAUCCAAUUACCGCAACUAACAUCUACGUUCGGCAUUGUCCGUUCAAGAAACGAGUCACUUGAACAAGAGCUCCCUUCCAUCACCCAUUCAUACUCUCUCCCUCCUCCCCACGGUGACAUGGUUGACCCCCUACCAUCACCACUCCAUACUCUUUCCCGCCUCCCCACGGCAGGCAUCUCUCUGCGUGGGUUUACCCAGAGUGCUCUGGUUUUUCCCACAAAGAUAUAAAUAAAUAUACAAAAUAUUAACUAU